AUGGUGCAGGAUGUGAUCGAAGAGCACGAAUUUGAGAACGCAAAUGGACACGCCAACGGCAGGCUGAAUGGCACUCUUACGCGCCCCGCGCAUGAGGAGGGAAAGGAGGAAGAACAAACGGACGAGAACAUCUUUCUCUUCAUACCGAACCUGAUCGGUGAGUAUGGCGUCGUCCUCCUCUUUCGCAGGCCGUGGGCUUCAACACUUACACGCGCCGUCUUGCAGGGUACUUUCGCAUUGUCUUGAUGCUUCCGUCCCUCUAUUUCAUGCCCUUGCACCCGCGCCGCUGCAGUUUCCUCUAUUCGAUUUCUUGCCUUCUGGAUGCGCUGGAUGGCGUCGCCGCGAGGAAAUAUGAACAGAGCACGAGAUUUGGAGCCGUGCUGGAUAUGGUCACGGAUCGCUGCACGACCACUUGUCUGCUGGUGUUCCUUGCGACUGCGAAGCCCGCAUACAGCAUGAUCUUUCAGGGUCUUAUUUCCCUGGAUCUUGCCAGCCACUAUAUGCACAUGUACGCCACGCUGGUCAUGGGAGGCCAGACGCAGAGUCACAAGAACGUGGAUGCGAAGAGGAGUCGUAUUAUGAACCUCUACUACACCAACAAGGUAUGAGCUCGCCGUACCCGAGCGCAGGACGUCCGUUGCUAACGUGGCUCAUCAGAUUGUGCUCUUCAUCACCUGCGCCUUGAACGAGCUGUUCUUCAUUGCUCUCUACCUUCUGUGCUUCAGUUCGCCAAUCAUCACGCCCGCCCUGAAAUGGCCCACCACCGACGAGCAUACGCCUACAACUCCGCUGAACCCCCAACCCUCCCUUCUUUUCUCCAACCCGUUCAGCGCAGCUGCCAUGGAGAUGGCGCGAGCCAACAAGAUGGACUCCAAGGUCCCAUGGAUCCUCGCAGGCAUCAGCAUGCCCGUCAUGCUCUUCAAGCAAUACGUGAAUCUUGUGCAGCUGCAAAAGGCAAGCAAAUGGCUUGCAGAGGGGGAUCGCAAGGAUCGGAAGAAGCUCGGAUUGCCCCGAAAGAAGGGUACGACCGGCGAGAGCAAGAAACAUCUGUAG